CAUUUUUUGUUAUCAUACUUCUUCACACACACGUAGUCUUCUCUCCAUAUAUAGCUCAUCUUCUUCUAGAAACUUCUCUUUUUGAAAACCCUCUGUCUCAACCAGAACGUUUUAGCUUUGUUACUACAAAAAAAAAAAAAGUAAUAAUAAUAUAUAUAAAAGAUGGCGAAGAAGUUUCUCCGCAUCGUCAUAGUCUUCGCCGCGUGUUCUUUGGUCGUUAACUCCAUUCGCACGCCGCCACUAAAAGCUACGGUCAAUGACGCAGAUAAGAAAAACGCCGAUGUAGAACAAGCUCAAAUUCACCACCACCACAAGGUAAAAAAGGAAAUAACCAAAAAAGGAGGAGUAGAAAUGGAAAUGUAUCCGACAGGAUCGAGUUUACCGGAUUGUUCAUACGCGUGUGGUCCGUGCUCGCCAUGUAAACGUGUGAUGAUUAGUUUCCAAUGCUCCGUCGCCGAGUCAUGUAGCGUCAUCUACAGAUGCACGUGCAGAGGACGAUACUAUCACGUGCCUUCUAGAGCUUAAUUAAAUCUCCGCCGUCUAUUUUUUUUGUUUUCUUUUUUUUUUUGGACGUUUGUGAUUACAAAAAUCAUCAGUUUUGGAGGAAUGUACAAUAAGCUAUGGGCCCUUCUAUUAUUAAUAUUGGGCUUUUAAAAGCCUUUUUUAAAGAUAGUUGAAUACGACUGAGUAAGAA